AUGUAUCCCGUGUCUACGUGUUUUGAUAUUGUGCCGGAAUCACAAUUGAGAAAAAUGGGGAGCAGUGAAGGACAACAAACGUUCUGUUUAAAAUGGAACCACCAUAAAACGAACCUGGUGGAAAUUUUAGAGGCAUUGAUUAAGGUAGAGACAUAUGUUGACUGCACCUUGGUUGUUGACGACCAAGUUACCUUCAAGGCUCACCGAGUGGUGUUGGCUGCCAAUUCGCCAUAUUUUCAAUCAAUUUUGGCCGACGUGCCCAUGGAUCACUGCAGUAUACUUUUCCCAGGAGUAAAAGAUUUCGAGAUGCGCGCUCUCCUCGAAUAUAUGUAUACAGGAGAGGUGAACGUAACACAAGCUCAAAUCCCACGCAUCAUGAAGGUGGCCGAGCAACUAGAAGUGAAGGGGUUGUUUGACAUGACGGAGCUGCGUAGGCGGCCCGGCGCGAACGACCGCAACUCCGCGACUUCGCCGCCGCGCGUGGUGCCGGCCGCGCCCUCCAGCGUGUCUCCACCAGCGCCGGCGCCGCCGUCUCGCUGGCCUCCUCCACCCGCAGCCCCUGUUCUUUCUGCGGCUUACGAGUCUGUCGACAUGAAUCCUUUAAAGCGAAAGAAACUAUCCAGUAUGCUCGCCACCCGAGACACACCCAUCUUGAGAAAUGUAUUAGCUCAACAUACUUCUAUAGAUUCCUCUCAGCCCAUGUCCCUAGUAUGUCACCCAGUCAACCAGCAAGUCCCUCCUCGUUUGCAUUCUAACGGAUCUGCACAUGAAUCGGAACGAGCUUCGAGCCCGCAACGCGCAUUUGACUACCGUCCUCGCAGAUUGUCGUCACGUGCAUCUUCUCCUCACUACAAUAGAUCAGAUAGAUCGGAAGAUGCACAUUCCCCGUACACAGAGCGGUCCUUUGAAGAUGACAGCAAUCGCAGUUUCCAUCCCUCUUCGCCACCAACUAAUUUCCAACAAGACGUCAGAACUGGAUUGGCGCCUUAUGUUCCGCCUCAACAAAAACCAGAAUGGAAAAGAUAUAAACAAUACACUAGAUCCGAUAUUAUGUCUGCAAUUGAAUGUGUAAGAAAUGGUAUGAGUGCACUUCAAGCCUCUCGAAAAUAUGGCGUUCCUUCUCGCACGUUAUAUGAUAAAGUUAAGAAACUUGGUAUUACGACUAGUCGGCCAAUGAGUCGUGGAGUGAAAAGAGAAACUAAUGGUGCCGCGUUCCCAUACGGCUUAAGUGGAACAGGAGGAGAUGAUGUACCUCCAGCAACACCUCUUAUUGAUCCAUCAUUUCUGCAACAAGCAUUAGAGGGGGCGACCCGAGACGGUGGUAGAGAAGCGCUUCACGCUAUGGCCUUGGCUGCAGCCGCACACGCGGCUCUCACUCCCAGGUCUCCACCUCGGUCGUCUUCGGAGUCUCCUCGGACGCCACCGCCUGACGACGAUCAUGUAGAAGAUUUAUCAAUUUCUCGUCGCCGCGAUGUAGAACCCCCAUCAGGAGUGAUUGUGCCUCCACGGAACUUUGCAUUAGAUUGUAGUAGCGAUAGAGAUUGA